ACUAUGUUAUGUUGAUGUUAUAAGCCUUUAUUCGUCAUUUCAUUUUUGAGUUUUCUUCUUUCAUUCUUCCUUCUCUCUUUCUCUCUCCCUUCGACUCGUUCGAAACCCUAGAAAUUCAUCUUCCAUAAUCUGACAAAUUUUCUUCACAGAACCCUAGAUUUCCUCGUCAAAACCUCACUUCCCCAAAUCAGAUACCUCAAUUCGUACCCAAUUUCCCGCAUCGAUCCCAAUCCCUUCCGUUUUCUCAAACCCCUCAUUCGACGACGUUUCCGUGCGAUUCAAUUAAAAAGAUUCCCGAUUCCUUUGCAGUGGCUCUCGCAUGGGUAAGAUUCUCCGAGAAACCGCAAAGCCAUCAUCCAAUUCAUGGUCCCCAUCUCCCUCAUCGGAACCGGCGACAACCUCGUCAGCUUCGAUCACGGAAACAGUGAGGGGUUCUCACCAGUUCAAGAUCACGGGGUAUUCGUUGUCGAAAGGGAUCGGGAUCGGGAAAUAUAUAGCGUCGGAUAUAUUCUCGGUUGGUGGGUAUGAUUGGGCUAUCUAUUUCUACCCUGAUGGGAAAAGCGUUGAGGAUAAUGCUACCUACGUGUCCCUCUUCAUUGCUCUUGCUAGCGAAGGAACCGAUGUUAGGGCUCUUUUUGAGUUGACCCUUUUGGAUCAGAGUGGGAAGGAGAGGCAUAAGGUUCAUAGCCAUUUCGAAAGGACUCUUGAAAGCGGGCCUUAUACCUUGAAAUACCGCGGUAGUAUGUGGGGUUACAAAAGGUUUUUUAAGAGAACGGCUUUAGAGACAUCAGACUACCUUAAAGAUGAUUGCCUCUCUGUAAAUUGUAGUGUUGGUGUUGUGAGGUCACGCACGGAAGGCCCGAAGAUAUAUUCCAUUGCAAUACCACCUUCUGACAUUGGCCAAAAAUUUGGUCAACUUCUGGAAAGUGGAAAAGGAAGUGAUGUGAGUUUUGAAGUGAAUGGUGAAAUUUUUACUGCUCAUAAAUUGGUGCUGGCAGCACGUUCACCUGUUUUCAGAGCCCAGCUUUUUGGUCCUAUGAAAGAUCAGAAUACCCGGUGUAUUAAAGUUGAAGACAUGGAAGCUCCAGUUUUUAAGGCACUGCUUCAUUUUAUGUACUGGGAUUCACUGCCUGACAUGCAAGAACUUACUGGAAUGAACUCAAAAUGGGCAACAACCUUGAUGGCCCAACAUCUUCUUGCAGCUGCUGAUCGGUAUGCCUUGGAGAGGCUUAGGCUUAUCUGUGAAGUGAGUCUAUGUGAAGAUGUUGCAAUAAAUACUGUGGCUACGACUUUAGCCUUGGCAGAACAGCACCACUGUUUCCAGCUGAAAGCAGUUUGUCUCAAGUUUAUUGCUACUUCCGAAAAUCUCAGAGCUGUAAUGCAAACUGAUGGAUUUGAGUACUUGAAGGAAAGUUGCCCAUCUGUUCUGACUGAGCUAUUGGAGUACGUGGCUAGAUUUACCGAGCAUUCGGACUUCAUGUGCAAGCACAGGAAUGAAGCAAUACUUGAUGGCAGCGACGUUAAUGGGAGGCGGGUGAAGCAAAGGCUUUAGUGUGAAGUGAACACUGAGCAGAAAGCCUUAGUGUGAAGUGAACACUGAGCAGCUUUCUGCACAACCCUUCUACUCUUUUUUAAAUGAUAGCGUGUGCCAUAGUUAGAGGGAGGAUGACGAUGAUCGUUUAUAGGAUUAGAGGCAAUUUUUACUUUACUUAGCUUAUUCAUGUGUAAGAGAUGUAAAUGUAAUUUGUUGUGCUGGUGGUGCUGUUAUUGUUCUGUUAGGUUUCUGUAAUAUCUUCGGCAUUACUUUUUAUUUGGAAAAACAUUUGUUUGAAAAUAUUGAUGCUCCGUAUGUGUUUUUGUAUUCUUUUAUUUUGGACA